AUGCCUGCUCCACCACUGAAGCUGUCUGACCCUGCAUUCAGAGUAGUCUGAGUUGUUCCCAGCUUCCUCUCAGUUCUCUCAGUCCUGGUGCAGGGCACUGGACAGCCAGGGUUGCUAUAGGGUGUUACAACAACUUGAUUUUCCUGUGAAUAAGGAGCUAAUGUAGCAGGCUCUUCUGCAGCACUCCAGUUCCUGGUGGCAAGAGUGGUGGGAGCAGCCUUCCCUUCAAACAGCAGCUUCUCUCAGGAAGAUCAGUGAGCAUACUUGGACCAAGAAGUGAGAUAAAAACAUCAAGCCUUACAGCAAGGAUAUUUUUACAUUGUCUAUCUGCACCCUGAAAAAAGAGAGGAAUGGGCUGUAAUAGAAACUGUGGACUCAUCACUGGGGCCAUCAUUGGUGCUGUGUUGGCUAUCUUUGGAGGUGUUCUGAUACCAGUCGGAGAUAACCUCAUAGGCAAAGCAAUAAAAAAGGAAGCUAUCAUUGCAAAUGGUACCAUUGCUUUUCAGAAUUGGCUUGUGCCAGGAAGUUCAGUUUAUAGGCAAUUCUGGAUUUUCCAUGUUCAAAAUCCUUCAGAGGUAUUAGAAGAAGGAGCACGUCCAAAACUUGAACAAAGAGGACCUUACACAUACAGGGUGAGAUAUUUACCCAAAGAAAAUAUCACAGAACACUCUGAUGGCACAAUAUCCUACAUGUUGCCUAAUGUUGCUCGUUUUGAACCUGAUAUGUCUGUUGGGACAGAAAAUGAUACCAUCACAUGCCUCAACCUUGCAGUUGUUGCUGCACCUGCCUUGUAUACAAACAAUUUUAUACAACUACUAUUAAACACAUGGAUUAAAGCUUCAAAGUCCCAAAUGCUGCAGAACAGAACAGUGAAAGAAAUACUGUGGGGAUAUAAAGAUCCCUUCUUAAAUAAGGUCCCCUUUCCCUUGGACCCUGUUCUGGGAGUCUUCUACCCGUAUAACGGGACAGUUGAUGGACUUUACAAAGUAUAUACUGGGAAAGAAGACAUUGAAAAAACAGGAAUAAUUGAAAGCUAUAAGAACAAAAGGAAUCUUUCGUACUGGGAAGGUCACUGCGACUUGGUUAAUGGUACAGAUGGGGCAUCAUUCCCACCAUUUGUUAAGAAGCAUCAGACACUGCGUUUCUUCUCCUCUGAUAUUUGCAGAUCAAUCUAUGGAGUGUUCCAGGACAAGCAGAAUGUGAAGGGAAUCUCACUCUAUCGUUUUGCAGUUCCACGUGAAGCAUUUGCAUCACCUGCUGAAGUCGGAGAUAAUUAUUGCUUCUGUACAGAUAGAGUUAUAUCAGAGAACUGCACAUUAGCUGGAGUCCUAGACAUUAGUGCCUGCAAAGCAGGAAGACCAGUAUUUAUCUCUCUUCCACAUUUUCUUCAUGCAAGUGAGUCUAUAUUGAAUAAUGUUGAAGGCCUGAGCCCAAAUGAGAAGGAGCAUGAAACAUUUCUAGAUGUAGAGCCUAUUACUGGUUUUACACUACGGUUUGCAAAAAGGCUGCAAGUGAACCUCCUUGUGAAGCCUUCACCAAAAAUUGAAGCUUUAUCAAAAGUUAAAAGACCUUAUGUUUUCCCUCUUCUUUGGCUAAAUGAGUCUGCUGUUAUUGGGGAUGAAAAAGCAGAAAUGUUCAGAAAUAAAGUCACCGGUCGGGUCCAGAUGCUGAAUAUGCUGCAGAUGGCAUUAAUGAUUGGCGGUUCUGUGCUGUUCAUCGCAUUUUUGGGUUCCUAUUUCAUAUGCAGAUCAAAGAAAUUAAAAUAAGUGACAAAAGACUUAAGAGGUGGCCAACGCUUAAUUGAAAUUUCAGCCAAGUAGCAUGUUAAAAUUCAGAGAUGAAAGGUAUGAUUCCAGGCACAGUCAGUCCACAAGCUAUGGAAUUCAACAUGCUUUUCAAUUUUAAGAAGACCAGCUCACUAACCCAAAUAAACUGACGUUUCCAAAGGUCCCCACUUGUGACAUCACUAAAGAGACCACCAUGGAAACUAUAUUUCAAAUAACUUUGAUUAUUUGAAUAUUGUUACAAAUUUUAAAAGACAUUCAAGCAGACUGAAGGUUGACGUGCAGUUGGGUUUUAGUCUUCCUUUUGCCAUUUAUGCGACUUUAUACUUUUUUCUUCUGGGAUUUGCAAGAUAAAUGAAAGCUGUUCUCUGAUGUCUCUGAGCACAGCCUGGGAAUGACAACACCUUUGAGCUCAUUCUGUGCUCUAGAUGCUCUUAUUGCAAAGUUUCUUUCUGUUGCUUCAGGGAAUGGAAGCUGCUGCAGUAGACCUGCUCUCUGUCCUCUAUUCAGGGAUGUCAGUUGUAUUGAAUGUGAAGUUUAUUAUGUUAAGUUACUGAAUGUAAUCCACAAAGUUAAUAAAAGACAUACUAAAAUAUGUGGUUUAUACAUUUUAUAUGGAGAUGGUUCAUAUACUCGCCAUAGUUCUUACGUUGAUGGUGCUCAUCAACAUUUGGCUCUACAGCUGUUUAGUCAUCUGAGCCACUCCCUGACUCCCAACCUGUUCCAGUGUUGUUUUUGUUACCUCCUGUGUGCUUUUCUUUCUGGCUUCUGCUUGAAAACCAGCCUCUGCCCUGCCCUAACCUCACUUGGCCCAAUGCCUCUCUUAGAGAAUGAUCUGAUAUAUCCCUUAAUGUCAAAAGAAAAUAUUCUAGAUUACUCCAGACACAGAAGAGGCUGAGAUAAUGAUUUUGAUCAAGCGUUAGAGAGUUCAAAUUCCUUGCUAUAGAAGACCAUAAACAAAAACAGGUAGCUCCAAUUCUUUACUGAUAAAACAUUUGCCACAAGGAAAUUUGUGCAACCAUUUGUCUAAUGAGGUGCAUCAACCUGUAGACAGGUAGUAAUCACUGCCAUCUGUGUAAAUGGUUUACUUUCUAAUUUAAUCUGUUUAAUGAGGUGCGUCAGCCUGUAGACAGGUAGCAAACACUGCCAUCUGCAUAAAUGCUUUGCUUUUGUGUUUAAUCUGAACGUCGUUCCCCAGAAAUGAAAGUCAAUAGGGCAGAUACAGACUCCUUUUCCUGUGGACUUACUGAAUUCAGAAUGAAAGACUAAUUUCAACACUUUCCAAGAUUUCUUCUUGAAUUUUUCAUCCUCUUAAAUCAGAGCUGCAGAGAAAAAGGAACAUGGCCAGCUUCUCAUAUCUUGGUGUUUAGAAUUAAGACUAGAAUUAAUAGACUUUAAACCAGAAAGGUUUAUCUUGCUAUUAAAAUACAAAAUCUUUGGCUGGGUAUCUUUAGUAGGGCGUUUUCACCCUUUGAAAAGAAAAAAAAAAAAUCAACAGGCUACUGUUGUUUUAAUCCCAUGUUCCUUGUGGACAAAUUUUUGUAGUUAUCAGUAGAACUGAUGAACCACAGAAAUCCUAAGAGAUUAUUCUUGAAGGCAAGGUCUAUAUGGUACAGGGCUACACUCUCUUUUUCCGAAGAUGAGCUGGAAAUGCAAAGCAUCAGGGCAAGAGAUGUAAAAAAGACAUGACACUCAAAGGAGGCUCUACUCUCAUUUUGAGAGCCAGUGCUUUUGAUUGCACAUUGGACUUGCUAGUAUAUGAAAAUCUUUCAUCUCUACAUUAUUGCUUAUGUCAUAUGUGAUGCUCUGUUCCCGUAUUAGCCUGGGGACAUUUUGACAGAAGUGAACCCAUCCCUAGAGUCCUAUGGACUGGUCAAAAUGCUAUGAGGACAGCCGAAGUCAUGACAUGUUCUCAGCAACAAGCACAGCUCUGCUAUAGUUCAAGAUCGUACACCAAGUUUUUAUGAUAAACCUUGUCUUUUGUGUCAGAAUCUAACAGUGAGAUUUUUUUACAGAAUUAACAACAGCUAUGGCCCUGUCUUUUUUUGAUACACUAGCAUUUCAGCUUAAUUUUCUUUGGCUUUGAGUCAAUUGUCAGCAAGUUACUGUUUGCUCUACCAGUGUUGUUUAGUGCUAUAUGGUGCUGCAGCAGCAGUGAUCCAGUAAGCCAGGCCAUGAUUUUAAAUGUCUCAGGGCCCAAUUUUGCAUGCACACACACAUAUCUGUUUAUAUGUACAAUCUCAUUGAUUUCAAUGCAGUUUUAGACUUUUAAAUUAUGUUCGGCACCUAGACUACACUUAAUAUUUACUAGUUAUUUUGUCCAAAACAUCAGUUACAGUUAUUGUUAAUUCAUGUUAUUAAGGCUAAUGGUAAGUAUCUACAUUUGUUCAAACAGUGCAGGAUAAACAUGUAUUAAAAAUAUUGAUGAACUCCAUG